AUGGAGCAGCUAGGAACAGAGUUGGGCCCGAAGGGAACUAGUAGUAUGUCGCACGAUGAUGAUCAAAAUGGACAAAUCACAACAUCCCAGCAACCAAUCAGACAAGAGAGUCCUAAUCCCAGUAGUGAAACAAACCUUGAAGGCUCAAAUCUAGGCGGAGGUGGCGACCAUGAAACACAUGAAUCUCUGAUUGAAAAUACGGAUCUAAAACUGGAUUUACCGGGAAAUUUAGAUCACGAAGAUUUCUCAAAACUUUUGGAACUGGAUUCUAAGAAUGACGACGACCUGUUUUCAUCGACGGACAUACUGGAGCAUAAUAUCCCUGAAGAAAAUGGAAGUCUCACUGAACAUCAUACAGAUGAGCCCGAAACACCGUCAAAAGAUGAGAAAGAACAGAAACUAAUGCCCUUGGAAACCAUGCAUAAUCUUGAAAGCACUAAUGGGGGCAGUAUAGUUGACCCGGAAGAAUCUUCACUUGAUCCGUUAGCUUCUGAAAAUGUUGUCAAUGAUGUAACUAAACUUGCACAGGUCCCUUCAUCCAGCGCUGUCAAUACUCGAGAAGGUACUGCGACAUCUAUUUUGGAAGAGACUGAUAAGAUGGCAUUCGACAAAGGAAAUGAUAUAUUAGCCUCUUCUGCUGCUGUUGAACAAGAGCUGCCGCAUGAGCAGUUGGAGGAUACAAUGGGUAGCCUGCCGCCGGACACAAUCACUGGUACACAUUUAGAAAUGACACAGUUUCACGACACAAAUAUAAACGAUGACGAACAGUCCAAAAUCUCAGCAUAUGCUAGACUUGAUUUCCAAAGUUUUACUUUUUAUGUUCAAACGUUGCAAGUUAUCAUUGGUCGGCGCUCUGAGAACGACUUCUCACACAAGGUGGAUGUCAAUUUAGGUCCUUCGAAGUCAAUUUCUAGAAAACAUGCUCAAAUUUUUUACAAUUUUGGCACAGGGCGAUUCGAGCUUUCCAUUAUGGGUAAAAACGGUGCUUUUGUUGAUGAUACAUUUGUAGAACGAGGCAUAACUGUUCCGCUGAAGAACAAAACAAAAGUCCAAAUCGGGCAAAUACCGUUUCAAUUCGUUUUACCUGAUCAAGACGGUAAAGAUAAGAAGUCAAUAGCUCCUACAGAUGCUAUUUCUCUGAAGGUAGCUCAGGGUAAUAAUGGUAAAAUAGCAGAACAGUCAAAAAGCACCACGCCCCAGCCAGCAGCGGCAACGAGAACUGCUAGUGUUAAGCAAGAAGAGCAGGAAGAUCCAGAUAAGAAGAAACAACCACCUAAGAAGAAGGAUAAAAAAGUUCCUAAACCUCCAAAACCUCCUAAGAAAGUUUACACACUGGAGGAGAUCCCUGUUGAAUAUCGUACAAAGCCCGCGUGUUCUUAUUCGAACCUGAUUACGACAUGUCUGCGAAAGUUUUCAAGCCCGAAAGGUAUGUCAUUGUCUGAAAUAUACGCAGGUAUAAGGGAGCUUUUCCCUUACUACAAGUAUUGUCCAGAUGGCUGGCAGAGCUCGGUGAGACAUAAUUUAUCACUUAACAAAUCGUUUCGAAAGGUCUCUAAAGAGGGCAAAGGUUGGUUAUGGGGACUUGAUGAAGAAUACAUAGCCGAAAGGGAAAGACAAAAGAAAAAACAAGCAGAAGCUGCUGCUGCGAAAGCCAAGGCUGCGCAAUUGAAGCUUGAACAGCAGCAACAACAAAAAGCGAAAAAAGCUGCCGCUGCUGCUGCUGCUGCUGCUAAUGAUAAUAGCACCAAUAUUCGUAGCGCUGCAAACAUUCCAUUAGUUAGAUCAGCUGCAAAACAGCCCAAUAUCUCACAGACGCUUGCUGCUAAUAGAGCUGAUAGAAAGGCGAGUGCAGAUGCUAAUCAGAGAACAAUGAAAUAUCUGCAGGAGCAAUUGAUGAUCUUGACAAAAGACAGGAAAGGCCUUGAUAAACAAGUUAUGGCGAGCAUAUUAACGCAAGCACUAGCUAUGACUAUUAACCAAGUAACACAAGCUGCGAAAUCUAAGGGAAUAACAGGAAAUCCAUUGACUGCGUUGAUUGACAAGAAUCCGCAACAUCUGAAUUUGAUUCUUGCCGCAGCUGUCAACGCAGCAACAGUAAAGGUGACUAAUGGCGAAGUGAAGCAACUGGUUGCUAUGCCACCACCAACAAUUGCGUCUCCCAUUGUGAAGAAAGAGCCAAGUCCUGUACAAAAAAAUACACCCGCAAAUACUGAGUCAAGUCACAAAUUAAAUCAAGGUGGUAACGGCAGUUCCUUACAAAAGAAUUCAGAUGGGUUUGACCCUAGUUCACUGUCAAAGUUUUUCCAACCGAAACAGCCAGCAAGAGUGUCAACUCCAGCUCCCACGAGAAGUGUUCUUCCUCAGAAACGUACUUCAAGUGAAAGUGAGUCCAGCUCCGAAGAAGAAUCUACGAGUGAUGACGAAAGUGGCAGUGAUGGGAGCGACAGCGACGACUCUAACACGGAUGACGGUAGUGAGAGCACCGAUAAUAGUUCUUCAAGUGGGGAAGAUACUAGCGAUGAAGAAUAG